GGGUGGGUCAGAUAUAUAUAAAGCGAGAUAGCUCGCGUAGAUCACGAUUUUUGUUGGAUUUGUGUCCAUUUGUUUUUUUCCAGCCGGCAUCCAGGAACUCGAAAAUGCUGCUCAGACUGGUUCUCGUCUGCGGAGUGGUGUGCGCCGUUACCGGACAAUACCACCCGAACGCCUACCAGAAUGAAUACACGACACCCCGUCCAAGGAACUACCACCCGCCCGCCCCUGUGCACUACGUCAACAUCGGGACGGAGUUGGCAGGCGACUACAAAUUCGGCUACGAUACCGGGAAGGGACCAUUGGGACAGAGUUUCCGGGAAGAAACACGCUUGCCCGACGGGACUGUCAAGGGAGCCUACGGGAUUUUGGAUGAGAACGGCAAACAGAGGAUCAUCCGAUACACCGCCGGAAAGGACGGCUUCAGAGCCGAAGGAGAUGGACUAGGACCAAACGGCGUGGCUCCAGGACCAGCCCCACAGCCUCAACCAUACGCAGCCCCAGCCCAACAAUAUAACCCAGCCCCCGCCCAGCAGUACAAUCCAGCUCCAGCGCAGCAAUAUCACAGUGCUCCAGCAGUGCAGCAAUACCGCCCACAACCUCAACAAUACAGAUCCGCCCCCGCCGCGAGGUACGACAGUGGUCAAUGGGAUCCCAGGAAAGACGAUCCAUACUACGUAGAUGGUCCCUCCUUCAUCGACGUCGAGAGGCUGUCUUACAACAUCGGCACUGCCCAACAGGGCUGAGCUGUUGAAGUUACGACCUAGAAGAACUUUCUUUAAAGCCUGACUUUACAGAAACCUUUUUCUAUUUGUUCUGCAAACAACUACCGCUACAAGCAACACGGGGCCCAAAUUUUAGGCUUUACCAUUUUUAUAUAUUUUGUAGAAAAAAAAGGUUCGCCUAAAUCGCAACCCCUUCGAAUCGGCACUUCUUGCCGAAUAUUUAUAGAAAGAGUAGUUUCUCUGUCCAGCUUCCUUGGCUUCGCAGUAAGAAAUAGCAUCCAUUUUUCAAUCAUAAGCGAUCUAAUCCUUUCACCCUGUAGUAGGAAUGCUCAAAAUCCAAAGAUCUCACAGUUAGGGAUAGAUGUAAAUGGCUGAAAUAGAACAAGAAAAUGACUGAUUAUGGACACCUACAACCUGGUAGGAAUCCUCAUUGACUAACCGCAAUACACGUCUCUAUGUAGAUUACCAAUAGCGUUGAAACAUGUCCAUGUAUAAAAUAGCUUAGCUAAGAAAGCAUGCGUUGUAUAUACUGAAAAAUAAAUAUUGUUUUAAAAAUUGUGU